GAAAAGCAAAUACAGAUGGAGGAGGCCAGCCGGUCCCCGUGAGUCUCCGCGACCACUCCUCCGUGUCCCCGUCGCGACCGUCUCAACCGGCGCCAUGCCCGCGCUUCUCGUGCUGCACCUCGCGGCCACGCUGGCUGUUUCAGCCCGGUCGGUGGCCGCCGUGGGACCGCUGGUCCGGUGCGAGCCGUGCGACGCCGUGGCGCUCCUGCAAUGCAAGCCGCUGCCCAAGGACUGCGCCGUGCGGGCGAGGGAGCCCGGCUGCGGCUGCUGCGUGACGUGCGCCCUGGGCCCCGGGCAGCCGUGCGGCGUGUACACGGCGCGCUGCGGCUCGGGCACGACCUGCCGGCACCGACCGGGGGAGAGCCGACCCCUGCAAGCUCUGCUGGAAGGACGGGGAGUGUGCACAAGCGAGGCGUCCCAAAGAGUCAAUGUCAUCGUCGUUCCGGCGCAAAAACAAGAACAUGGCCACAAUCAGGAGGAAGGCUGCGUUAACAAGACCAUGUUGCCUGGUUUAUCAACCGUCAAAGCGGGGCGGAGUAAAGGGGUAAUGGACACCAGACCCCCGUCACACAACAAGCUGAUCAAGAAAGAUCAUCACAGGAAGACUCACAGCUACAAGGUGGAGUCCGUGUCAGAGGGAACCGAUAUGGAUAUGCACAACUUUUCAGUGGAGAACAAAAGGGAGAUGGAGUAUGGCCCAUGUCGGCGGGAGAUGGAGAGCAUCCUAAAAAGUCUGAAAAUCAGCAACGUACUCAACCCCAGAGGCUUUCGCAUACCCAACUGUGACAGAAGAGGUUUCUAUAAGAAAAAACAGUGCCGUCCAUCCAAAGGCAGAAGGCGGGGAUACUGCUGGUGUGCGGACAAAUACGGACAGCCCCUGCCUGGCUAUGACGUCAGGGAUCGCGAUGACAAACAUUGCCACCACCGUGAGAGCCAAUGAGCGGACAGAAUGGCCGAGAAAGGAACGGGAGAAAGAAAGGCAGGGAAGGGUUGAAGCACUGCCUUUCCAACUGGCUCGGCAGCUACCUGUUCUGUACUGAUUCUCUCUAGUUCUAAAGGAAUGAACAAGCUAUAAGCUAUGAACACUUGGACAAGUGAGAAGUAUCUCAUCUGCACUAUUUUGUCAGGGGGGGGAAAGGGAGAGAAACAAGAGGGAUAUUUCCACUCACUUUAAAAUGACAUAUUUAUGACUGUGACCCCAAAAUUGCAGCGCCAUCAUAUCCAUGUGUGUCUGGGAAUGUGUCCACUUGAAUCUGUCCGAGCUAGUCUUAAAGUGUGAGUGCUUGCAUUACUUGUGACUGCACAGCAGCAUGUCUGUGCUAGAGGGGUGUAGGGAGUGUGUUUUUCCAAAACACGCUAGAGUACAAACCCCAAAACCAGUGAAGUUGGCACGUGCAAAGCCAAAGCCGUUCAUCAACAACACCCGGAAACACUGCCGGCUUCGCUGAGCCCGAGCUCGUCUAAGAUGGACUGAUGCGAAGUGGAAAAGUGUUCUGUGGGGCGGCAUAGCUCGGCCGUGCCAGCAACUUGAGGGUUGCAGGUUCGAUUCCCGCUUGUGCCAUCCUAGUCAUUGCCGUUGUGUCCUUGGGCAAGACACCUUACCCACCUGCUCCCAGUGCCACCCACACUGGUUUAAAUGUAACUUAGAUAUUGGGUGUCACUAUGUAAAGCGCUUUGAGUCACUUGAGAAAAGCGCUAUAUAAAUAUAAUUCACAAUUCACGUCACUUGACGAGUCCACAUUUCAAAAUGUGUUUGGAAACUAUGGACGUCGUGUUCUCCGUACCAAAGAGGAAAAGAACCAUCCGGACUGUUAUAGGCGCAAAGUUCAGAAGCCAGCAUCUGUGAUGGGAUGGGGGUGUAUUAGUGCCCAAGGUAUGGACAUCAUUAAUGCUGAAAGGUACAUACAGGUUUUGGAGAAACAUAUGUUGCCUUCCAAGCAACGUUAUCAUGGACGCCCCUGCUUAUUUCAGCAAGACGAUGCCAAGCCACGUAUUAAAACAGCAUAGUCAAAGAGUGCAGGUACUAGACUGGCCUGACCAGUCUCCCAUUGAAAAUGUGUGGCACAUUAUGAAGCCUAAAAUACGACAAAGGAGACCCCGGACUGUUGAACAACUUAAGCUGCACAUCAAGCAAGAAUGGAAAAAAAUUCCACCUGAAAAGCUUCAAAAAUUGGUCUCCUCAGUUCCCAAACGUUUCCUGAGCGUUGUUAAAAGGACAGGCUAUGUAACAGUGGUAACAAUGCCCCUUGUGCCAACUUUUUUGCAAUGUGUCCCUGCCAUUAAAUUCAACGUUAAUGUUUGUUUGCACACAAAAAAACGUUUCUCAGUUCGAACAUUAAAUAUAUGGUUUUUGCAGUCUAUUUAAUUGAUUGCAGGUUGAAAAGGAUUUGCAAAUCAUUGUAUUCUGUUUUACUUACGAAUCAAUCAAACAACGUGCCGACUUCACUUGUUUUGGGUUUUGUACAUCGCCGAGCCAAAAGCUCCGUCCCCAGGCCUUGUACCAUUCAUCCGUCCAUCCAUCAGUCUUCUUCCGCUUAGCCGAGGUCGGGUCACGGGGGCAGUAACCUAAGCAGAGAAGCCCAGGCUUCCCUCUCCCCAGCCACUUCGUCCAGCUCCUCCCGGGGGCUCCCCAGGCGUUCCCGGGCCAGCCGGGAGACAUAGUCUUUCCAAAGUGUCCUGGGUCUUCCCCGUGGCCUCCUACCGGUCGGACGUGCCCGAAACACCUCCCUAGGGAGGCGUUCAGAUGGCAUCCUGACCAGAUGCCCGAACCACCUCAUCUGGCUCCUCUUGAUGUGGAGGAGCAGCGGCCUUAUUUUGAGCUCCUCCCGAAAGACAGACCUUCUCACCCUGUUUUUAAGGGAAAGCCCUACCAUCCGGCAGAGGAAACUCAUUUCGGCCGCUUGUACCCCUGAUCUUAUCCUUUCGGUCAUUACCCAAAGCUCAUGACCAUAGGUGAGGAUGGGAACGUAGAUCGACCGGUAAAUUGAGAGCUUUGCCUUCCGGCUCAGCUCCUUCUUCACCACAACGGAUCGGUACAACGUCCGCAUUACUGAAGACGCCGCACCGAUCCGCCUGUCGAUCUGACGAUCCACUCUUCCCUCACUCGUGAACAAGACUCCGAGGUACUUGGACUCUUCCACUUGGGGCAAGAUCUCCUCCCCAACCCGGAAAUGGCACUCCACCCUCUUACGGGCGAUAACCAUGGACUCGGUCUUGGAGGUGAUGAUUCUCAUACCAGUCGCUUAACACUCGGCUGCGAACCGAUCCAGUGAGAGCUGAAGAUCCUGGCCAGAUGAAGCCAUCAGGACCACAUCAUCUGCAAAAAGCAGAGACCUAAUCCUGCAGCCACCGAACCGGAUCCCCUCAACACCUUGACUGCGCUUAGAAAUUCUGUCCAUAAAAGUUAUGAACAGAAUCGGUAACAAAGGGCAGCCUUGGUAGAGUCCAAUCCUCACUGGAAACGGGUCCGACUUACUGCCGGCAAUGCGGACCAAUGCUGUACUAUUCAACUGGCUCAGGUCCCAUUUUGAUAUGGCAGGACCGGGAUUUUGUCUUCGUACUAAAUACAUUGGCCAAGUAAAGGUUGCUGCAGUGACUUAAAGCAAAUCCUUGACAUACCCUCCCUUCUUACUCCCACCAGAGUACAUUUUUUGGUAUCCAAUACAUCACCCGCACGUUUACAUGCACUUUCGAGGCACAGAGCAGGUGUAAAAACAUCUAUUGUGCUGCUUACCAGGAGCUUAAAGGCCUACAGAAAUGAGAUUUUCUUAUUUAAACGGGGAUAGCAGGUCCAUUCUAUGUGUCAUACUUGAUCAUUUUGCGAUAUUGCCAUAUUUUUGCUGAAAGGAUUUAGUAGAGAACAUGCACGAUAAAGUUCGCAACUUUUGGUCGCUAAUAAAAAAGCCUUGCCUUUAUCGGAAGUAGCAGACGAUGUGCGCGUGACGUCACAGGUUGUAGGGCUCCUCACAUCCUCACAUUGUUUAUAAUGUGAGCCUUCAGCAGCAAGAGCUAUUCGGACAGAGAAAGCGACAAUUUCCCCAUUAAUUUGAGCUAGGAUGAAAGAUUCGUGGAUAAGGAAAGUUGGAGUGAAGCACAAAAAAAAAAAGGCAAUGGCUCCAGGCGGCGGCAGUGUGAGCGUUUCAGAUGUAAUUAGACAGAUUUACUAGGAUAUUUCUGGAAGAUCCCUUAUCUGCUUAUUGUUUUAAUAGUGUUUUAAUGAGAUUGUAAAGAGAUACCUGAAAGUCGGAUGUCUGCGGUGAACGCCAGCGUCUCUCAGAGAAGCCAAGAUAACAGCUGCCUUUUUGAGCUGCAGGAGGAAGUCCCAUAAUCCACUGAAGUCUCCGGUAAGAGCCGACUUAAUAUCACAAUUUUCCCAUCCAAGAACUUGCUGGUUGACGUAGAGAAACAUGUUCUUUUGACCGCUCUGUGUUAAAGCUUCACAACAAACAAAGAAACACCGGCUGUGUUUCGGUGCUAAAGGCAGCUGCAAUCCACCAACAGCAUUAUUCUUUAUAGCCUCCAUUAUUAAUUGAAUAAAUUGCAAAAUAUUCAGCAACACAGAUGUCCAAAUUCCUGUGUAAUUAUGCGAUGAAAUGAGACGACUUUUAACCGUGUAUGGUGCUGGGCUAAUAUGUCCCCUCCAACCCGAGACGUCACACGACGUGUUCAAUUAAGAAACGCCGCAGGAAAUUUGAAAUUGCAAUUUAGUAAACUAAAAAGGCCGUAUUGGCAUGUGUUGCAAUGUUAAUAUUUCAUCAUUGAUAUAUAAACUAUCAGACUGCGUGGUCGGUAGUAGUGGGUUUCAGUAGGCCUUUAAAUAUUUGUGUUUUACUAUACUAAUUCUAAUUGACAUAUAUAAUGAUUGGAAGAGAAACAAAACAAUGAACAUAGAGAAGGCACAUGCAACUUGCACCUGUUUUGCUUUAGAAAAAGCUUGUUUAUUUUUCUUCUCCAGUUUUGUAAUGCACAGUUAACAAUGAGCGUGUGGACGUGUUGUAGGUAUCAGAUAAAGUUCAAGGCGAUACAGUUUUUCCCCUAGGUUGACAGCUUUGUGGUGUUGGGCACUGUGCAGAGUGACACAAGCACAAGCCGUCGAAGCCCAUCACGACUUCACAAACCUUUGUACUGGAGAUGUCCGAUAAAAUCGGACUUCCGAUAUUAUCGGCCGAUAAAUGCUUUAAAAUGUCGGAAAUUAUCGGUAUCGGUUUCAAAAAGUAAAAUGUAUGCUUUUAAAAAUGCCGCUGUGUACACGGACGUAGGGAGAAGUACAGAGCACCAAUAAACCUUAAAGGGGAACAUUAUCACAAUUUUAAAAGGGUUAAAACCAAUAAAAAUCAGUUCCCAGUGGCUUAUUUAAUUUUUGGAAGUUUUUUUCAAAAUUUUACCCGUCCCGGAAUAUCCCUAAAAAAAGCUUUAAAGUGCCUUUUUUUCGCUAUCUCGAAGCCACUGUUCAUUUUCCAAUACAAACAAACAAUGGCGGAUACCACAGCAAGAUAUAGCGACAUUAGCUCGGAUUCAGACCCGGAUUUCAGCGGCUUAAGCGAUUCAACAGAUUACGCAUGUAUUGAAAUGGAUGGUUGGAGUAUGGAGGCAGAUAGCGAAAACGAAAUUGAAGAAGAAACUGAAGCUAUUGAGCGAAUAGCUAUUGACGCUAUUCGGCCAUGUCUGCGUUAGCAUCGCCGGUAAAAUGUGCAGACCAACGAUCGGAAGUUUUGCAUCUUGUGACACUGGAUCAAUUUAUCCGUCGAUUGGUAAGUGUUUGUUUGGCAUGAAAUGUGGGUGGAAGGAAAAGCUGGAUGUAAAUAUAGUUUCAAAUGUACAUACAGCUAGCCUAAAUAGCAUGUUAGCAUCGAUUAGCUGGCAGUCAUGGCGCGACCAAAUAUGUCUGAUUAGCACAAAAGUUAAUAACAUCAACAAAAUUCACCUUUGUGAUUUAGUUGACUUUAUCGUUGGAAAUGCAUCUGCAGGUCAUCCAUACAUCUCUGUGCCAUGUCUGUCUUAGCAACGCCGGUAAAAUGUGCAGAAACUCCGGCACAUUCAAUGGGGGUCUGGCGGCAGAUUUCUUUGACUUUAUUGUUGGAAAUGCAUCUGCUUUGAGUGUCGCAGGAUAUCCACACAAUCUUACCAUCUCUGUAGUAGCGUAGCUUUCGUCGGUAAAGUGUGCGGAACAAACGACUGACCAUUUCGUCGGCUUUCCCCACACCACCCCCCACAGUUUUAUCUUUUGCCUUGUAAUAUACAGUACCUGCUUCAUUCUCCUACACCUCAUUCAUAGUUCUCGUGGCAAGCCAACAUUCUUCAUUUCCCUAGCCAGCUUCCUAAAUAAAUUUCUCCAAUCGAUGCACUUCAAAAUGUUCCGUUUUUUUAUUUAGGACGCAAAUAAACAUUCUCCUAUUGUUG